GUCACACACACGCUCUGCUUCGUCCAAUCACCAAACACGCUUUAAUGACUCUCACGUUUUCCUCCUCCGCCGCAACCGUUGCCGUUGCUGCUGCAACCGUAACCUCCUCCGCUAGGGUUCCGGUUUAUCCACUCGCUUCGUCGACUCUUCGCGGUUUCGUUUCUUUCAGAUUAACCGCGAAGAAGCUGUUUCUGCCGCCUCUUCGUUCUCGCGGCGGCGUUAGUGUGAGAGCGAUGUCUGAGCUUGUUCAGGAUAAGGAAUCUUCCGUUUCGGCGAGCAUUGCUUUAAAUGAAAUCGCCGGUGAGUCGCCGAGUGAGCUUAAUCAUUCCCGUACUUUCUUGGAUGCGCGAAGUGAACAAGAUCUUUUAUCUGGUAUCAAGAAGGAAGCUGAAGCUGGAAGGUUGCCUGCAAAUGUUGCAUCAGGAAUGGAAGAAUUGUAUUGGAACUACAAAAACGCAGUUUUAAGUAGCGGAGCUUCUAGGGCAGAUGAGACUGUUAUAUCAAACAUGUCUGUUGCUUUUGAUCGCAUGCUUCUUGGUGUGGAGGAUCCUUAUACUUUUAAUCCAUAUCAUAAAGCAGUCAGAGAACCAUUUGACUACUACAUGUUUGUCCAUACAUACAUCCGUCCUCUAAUUGAUUUCAAAAAUUCGUACGUUGGAAAUGCUUCUAUAUUCUCUGAGCUGGAAGACAAGAUUCGGCAGGGACACAAUAUCGUGUUGAUAUCAAACCAUCAAAGUGAAGCUGAUCCGGCGGUCAUUUCUCUAUUGCUUGAAGCACAAUCUCCUUUCAUUGGAGAGAACAUUAAAUGCGUAGCUGGUGAUCGAGUCAUCACUGAUCCUCUUUGUAAGCCGUUUAGUAUGGGAAGGAACCUCAUAUGUGUUUACUCGAAAAAGCACAUGAAUGAUGAUCCUGAGCUUGUUGACAUGAAAAGAAAAGCAAACACACGAAGCUUAAAGGAGAUGGCUACAAUGCUAAGGUCUGGCGGUCAACUUAUAUGGAUUGCACCAAGCGGUGGAAGGGACCGCCCGAAUCCUUCUACAGGAGAAUGGUUUCCCGCACCCUUUGAUUCUUCUUCGGUAGACAACAUGAGAAGACUAGUUGAACAUUCUGGUGCUCCUGGACAUAUAUAUCCAAUGUCUUUGCUUUGCUAUGACAUCAUGCCCCCUCCACCACAAGUUGAGAAAGAAAUUGGAGAGAAAAGAUUAGUUGGGUUUCACGGUACAGGACUAUCAAUUGCUCCUGAAAUCAGCUUCUCAGAUGUCACAGCAGGCUGCGAGAACCCUAAUGAGGCGAAAGAAGCAUACAGCCAAGCUUUGUACAAGUCGGUCAAUGAACAAUACGAGAUCUUAAACUCAGCGAUUAAACACAGAAGAGGAGUAGAAGCAUCAACGUCAGCGGUCUCCUUGUCACAACCUUGGAAUUAGUCUCUCUCAUUUUAGGGGUAACAUGUUCAAAACCCAUAAAUCUUUUGUCUCAAAAGUUUUGCUGCAACUGUAUAAAUAGAGAGCAUUGUUCUUU